GUUAACGUACAAAGAAAAGAAAAGGAGCCUUCCCGGGAGGGAGCAGUUCUUUAGUAGAUCCUCAUGGGCAGCAAAACUGUGACUCCCAGCUUCCUUUCUUUUGUCCAGAUCGACAACAGGCCACGGAGGCUGGAGAACCUCAGUGGUGCGGGUGAAUCACUGAAGAGCCCCUUUCCAGGUGGAGUGAAACCUGCAGAGGUGCAGAGAGUGAUGGCUUUGGAGAAGUGCCCCGGGAGCAGCUAGACCGGCUGAGCCAAGGGAGCCAGGCAGGGGAGGCUAGUGAGAAGGGCAAACAAGGCCUGUGCUGAGCUGGUCCGCUUCACCCUUCGCCUCCUCUUCUUCCCCGACAGAUCCACCACCGCCAUGGCUGUUGGCAGGUCACCGUGGGGGAACCGCCCUCGUGGCGCAGUCGUUCUCCUGGCGGUCUGCGCGAUGGUGACCUGGGGCGUCUCUGCGCAGCACGAAGGCUUCCAUGGGCAUGCUCAUGAGGACCUUCACCUUCACCAUGGCCACAGCCACGCUGACCACGGCCACACACAUGAGCAUAUUUGGCACGGACAUGGCCACGGCCACGAAGGCCCUCCCCACGACCAUUUGCACGAGCAGGAGGACUUUCACCACGGGCACGAGGGCCAUCAUCAUGGGCACGAGGGACGUCAUCACGGGCACGAGGGCCAUCAUCAUGGGCACGAGGGCCAUCAUCACGGGCAUGAGGGACAUCAUCACGGGCACGAGGGCCAUCAUCACGGGCACGAGGGACAUCAUCAUGGGCACAGCCACGGGCAUGAGGACCCCCAUCACGGGCACAGUCAUGCCCACCCCCAUGAGGAUUCCCACCUUCACUUUCAUGCCCAUUCGCACGAGGACCACACUGGGGGACCCAGCCAGGCGGAAUCGUCCCCUGAGCACAAGAAGAAGACAACCCCCAGGAAAGAGAAGCUGGAGCCUCUGCGACUCUGGACUUACGCCAUUGGGGCCACCCUCCUCAUCAGCGCUGCCCCUUACUUCAUCCUCUUCCUCAUCCCGGUGGAGUCCAAGACCUCCCAGCACCAGGCCCUGCUUAAGCUGCUGCUCAGCUUUGCUUCGGGGGGCCUCCUGGGAGACGCCUUCCACGUCUUGCAGGCCAUUGGGGCCACCCUCCUCAUCAGCGCUGCCCCUUACUUCAUCCUCUUCCUCAUCCCGGUGGAGUCCAAGACCUCCCAGCACCAGGCCCUGCUUAAGCUGCUGCUCAGCUUUGCUUCGGGGGGCCUCCUGGGAGACGCCUUCCUGCACCUCAUCCCACACGCCUUGGAGCCUCAUUCCCACCACGGAGAAGGAGCAGGGCACGCCCACGCGCCCCCCAAGACGCCUGGACAUGGGCAUUCUCAUCAGGCUCCUGAGCACCAGCACAUGAUGAUGGUCGGCCUCUGGGUCCUCGGCGGCAUCGUGGCCUUCCUGGUGGUGGAGAAGUUUGUCAGGCAUGUCAAGGGUGGCCACGGGCACCUCCACGGGCACAGCCAUGCUGCCAAGGCCAAGAGCAGUGACGACGAAGCAGAGAAAGAGCUGGGGCGGAGGACGGCCGAGAAAGCGGCCCCCAGGAGGAAGGAUGACGCCCCAGAGUCCACCAUGCUCGUGGCCGGGUACCUCAACCUGGCGGCCGACUUUGCCCACAACUUCACGGAUGGGCUGGCCCUGGGGGCCUCGUUCCUGGCCGGCAGCACCGUUGGCACCGUGACCACCCUGACGGUGCUCCUCCAUGAGGUCCCCCACGAGGUGGGGGACUUUGCCAUCCUGGUGCAGUCCGGCUGCAGCAAGCGGAAGGCGAUGAAGCUGCAGCUGGUGACAGCCCUAGGGGCCCUGGCGGGCACCGUCUGCUCCCUGCUGGCGGAGGGCGUCGGGGAGGCGGCCACGGCCUGGAUCCUGCCCUUCACGGCGGGAGGCUUCAUCUACGUGGCCACCGUCUCCGUGAUCCCGGAGCUUCUCCAGGAGUCUGGGCCGGUCCAGUCCCUGCUGGAGGUGCUGGGCCUCCUGGGCGGGGUGGCCAUGAUGGUCUUCAUUGCCCAGUAUGAAUAAAGGAGGAAGAGGAAGAAGAGGAGGGCAGCGGUGGCAGGGAAGGCGGCCUUCCGGAGGCGGAGGCAGGUUUUGGUCGGGGGGGGAGCCACGCUGGCCCAGAGAGGCAGGCUGGAGCCCCCCAGGAGCUUCCGGCUCCCAUUUUGCUGGGCCUUCGCUGCUGCCGAGAAGCAGAAAACAGGAUCCAAGCAUUCCUUCCACUCUGUUCCACGC